UGAGCUCCAUGGCAGCGUCCACCUGGCUCACCAAGUUCCAGAGCUUCAAGAUCUCCUCCGAGAGCUUGAUCAUCGCAAUCGAUGAUGUGAGCGAUUUGUGGCCGCUCGUCAAGGAUUCCUUCGAGGCUCGCAUUCCGCUCAAGAAGACGCUGCUCAACAACAAGGCUCGCAAUCCCGUUGUCGUGGAGAAGCUGCCGGUGGAAUUUGUGCUCACUACAGAUCCGCGCCUUCGGUCUCGAUUUCCUUUGGAGCAAUCGCCCUUUUUCUUCCGGCUCCCCUAUGCGACCAUUCUCUUGGUGACAUGCGAGGACAUUGACGAUUACAAGGCCAUUUUGAAGCCGCGAAUCAAAGGCAUGGUACAAAACGAUGAGCGAGAAUGGUUUAUCGUUUUUGUAUCCAAGGCCAAUCCCAAUGAUCCGACCGGGAAGCAGGCGAAGCGCAUCUAUAGCAAGCUGGAAGUUGACUUCAGCAGCAAGAGACGCGAAAGAUGUUGCAAGCUGGAUUUAAGUGCCUCGGACGCAGCCUCGUGGGAGGAAAUUGAUGCUCGCACUAGCGAAUGCAUCCGCAAUACGCUAGAGCGUCGGGUACAGUCUUAUGAUGAGGUCAAGCGGCUAAACGAAAAUCGUUCGAUGCCGGGAUGGAGCUUCUCCAACCUUUUCACCGUUAUGGAGGGUCUGGCCUUUAUGUUUGAGCUUGCAUAUCUCUUUGAGGACGCACUUCGAGAAUAUGAUGAUAUUGAGCAAAUAUAUCUGGAAAUAGUUAAUAUUCCUUCCUCGAAGAUGAGGGACUUUGGCGGAAUGGACCAUGGGGACGACCGUGCAGCACUUCUCGAAGUGUCACGGAAGCAAGUCACACAGUUUACUGUUGACGAUUAUUUCCGUGAAUUUGACUUCCGCCAGUACCUUUUUGCACGUCAGGCUUCGUUGCUGUUCAAGUUAAACCGUACAAUUGAUGUUGCUGGAAGAGGAUUGUAUUUCAUUUACUCGUUCUCAAAAAUUUUAUCUAUGCACGAGAAAAACCUGCCAUUUUGUAUGCGGGAAAUAUGGGUAGUUUCAGCCUGCCUGUCACUAAUAAAAGCGACAGUGGAAUGUUUUACUCCUCGAUCAGUGACGCCAGACGCUGAAAAGGAAUUCUAUCGCCUUCAAGCAGACUUGAACUCGCUUGCUAGAACAAAGUUGAUGAGGCUAUCCGAGAUUCUUGGAUACGGACCACUACAUUCAACUUCGCCGCGCAGAAGUUUGUAUUCAAGUGGUAGCCCCGCAAGCCCAUCGGCAGCCGCUGCUGAGAAGCCAAAGAAACUAGAUGACGCACAUACUGAUGCAGUGGCUGAAAUACUAAAAAUUGUCACCCACGAAGGCCUCAAAAAAGCAUUAUCAUCACCUGAAGGAUAUGAGGCAAUGUAUCUUGAACUUACACGAGCAGCAGCUGACAACUACCAUCGCUCUCGCAAAAGGCAUGGUGUUGUCCUGGAUGGUGAAGUAGCGGCAUUACACCUUCGGACAGGGAAUUUUGAUUCUGCGGCGAAACUAUACGAGAAAGUUUGUGCUCUCUAUUCCGGUGAGAGAUGGCAUGCUUUGGUAGCUGAGGUCCUCCCACGUCUUGCCGAAUGCCAGAAACAAUUGGGCGACCUUGGGGGAUAUCUUUCUUCCUGCAUAAAGCUCCUGUCACUGGAUCGCGGAUUGGUACCUGUUGAGCAAAGGAAGGCCCUUCAGUCCGAAGUUGUGAAACUCGCACACAGUGGACUGAAAGUUCCUCUUCCCGUGGACGUGUCAGCUCUGAUGACGUUCUGCGGACAACCUGGACCACCAUUGGAGCUCUUUGAAGGGGAUCCAGGGACGCUGCCGGUUACAGUAUGGAGUGGAUUCACCGACGAGAUUUCACUCCAAUCCCUGAGCAUGACGCUGUCUGCAACUUUCAGUCUUGAUGAAAGUGCCAAGACCAUCAAGAGUGCAGAUGUCCCUGUUCUGUCACCAGGAAAGAAUACUAUUUCGAUGGUGGUGCAACCUCAAAAACCAGGAUCAUAUGUUCUUGGAGCAUUAACUGGACAACUUGGUCAAGUGGCGAUACGUUCACAUUCAUGUUGCACCAUCAGCGCCAUUGGCUCGCUUGAAAAUGAUGACUAUUUGAGCUCGGAGAGGCCCGUAAGACCCGUGCUCCAGGUUUCGGUUCCUCGACCCCUUGUCGAAAUGAAGCCAGAAACGUCACGUACAGAACCAGAAUUGUCAGGUCUUACGGAGCCGUUUCGUCUCAGCACUCGGGUCGUCGCAAACGAAAAUGCGGGAGUCUUUCUGCUGCAGGUUACUUUGCUAUCCCAAGUUAACGUCGGAGUUACAAUCUUAGAUGCCGCACUUAGCUUGCAAGGUGGUUUUCAUCAUGCCACUAGUAGCUCCGAUCCGUUGUGGAUGCUUCCAAUCGCGAUUUCUGGAUAUGCCGAAUGCGCUCUCGUUUUCCUAAUCAAAUUAGACGACCACGAAAACGGCGAUCUUCCCAAUGGUGGUGGCUACGAAGAGGAACCAAGAGAAAGAAGCGCUCUGUCCGUUAGCUACAAGAUAUCUGGAAGCCAAGCAUCCUCAACCUCAGGGGAAGGCAAGAUCGACGAGCAAGACGUCCUGACUUUCAAAGGCUUCUUCCAGCUGCAAGUGCCGGUCUCGGACCAUCAAGUAGCAGUCGGGAUGCUGCCACUACCAGGCCCGUGUCCACGAGUCGGCAAGCAAGUUAUCCUCCAGUGGAGAAUCGAGAGACUCAAGAAAGCGCAGUCGAGCGAGAUCGAGCAGCUUGCGUACGAAGUCAAGGCGAGCCCGGCGUCCUGGAUGGUUGCGGGGAGGCGGAAAGGUUUUGUGUCACUGGCGAUCCAAUCCGGUACGAAGCUAGUCGUGUCGAUUGCUUGCCUGCCUUUGGUUGCCGGGCAUGUCCGCCCCCCAUCGCUGGAACUUUGCGGGAUUGAUCACUCGCAAGUCAGCCAUUGUCAGCCAGCUUCUCAUCUCGUGUACAUUCUGCCGCCUUCACCCUGUUACGCGUUUUGCCUCGAGGAGAAGCCACAGUCUUGAAUGAAAAGCUUGCAACGAUUUCAUCGUUGUGCUUGUUUUCUUUCAUUGAAACUCUAGAAAUACAAAUGUAAACAGAUGCUCUGUGAGGUACUCUUUCGUGAAGUUUGUCAAAUCCCAUCCUUUGUUUGCGGGACAGGGAAUUUGGGCAAAUUCACGUAGGUACACAGAGGUUAUGUUAUCUAA